AUGGCUAACACUUGCCUUUAUUCAUUAAUAAAAGCAGCAGAUGAUAGUUGUCAAUAUACAAAAGAUAAUUGCAACGACUAAACUAUAUUUCCAUUUACACAUUAUUAUUUCUGUCAACUUGAUGAAAAUUGGGUGAUAUUAAUACUCAUUGCUCCAUUCUUGUUUUUCAUACUGUUCAACUUUUUAGCAAGGACUGUAGAUGACUAUUUAUCACCUGCAGUGACUUUUAUUGCGGAGUAUUUCAAAAUGUCAUAAACUUUUGCAGGUGUAACUUUGAUAGCAUUUGCAAAUGGUGUGCCCGACUUUUUAUGUGCAGUAUUAGCUUCAUAGGACGAUGAUGGUAUAUUGAUAGCCGUUGGGAGUAUAUUUGGCAGUGGUCUAUUUAUGACAACAAUAAUAGUAGGUGCCGUUAUUUUAUUGUCAGGAGUAGUGAAAGCAGAGAAAGUGCCAUUUAUGAGAGACAUUCUAUUUAAUGGAGUUGCCAUAAUAUUGUUGAUGAUAUUUGCAUUUAUUGGACAAAUUAAUCAUUACAUGGCUAUUGGAUUUUGUUCAUUAUACGUGAUUUACAUCAUCGUAGUAUUGGUGAAUGAAAAUAGUAUAAAAAAAUAAUAGAGAUAGGAUGAGAUAGAUUCAAUAGAAGAAAGAAAAGAGUAAGAGGAAAAAAAAUUGUUGGCUCAGGCAGAGGAAGGAAACCAAGCCAUUGAAAAUGCUGAUGAAGAAAUAAAAAAGGAAUUGGCAGAAUCAAUUCCUGAGUCUUUCAAGAAACCCUUUGGAGAAAUGACUUUUAUCUCAAAGCUUAAAUAUGUUUAUAUAACCUCAUUAGAAUUCGUUAGAAAAGUCACAAUUCCUGCAAGCAAUCAAGAAAAGUAUGAUAAAAAAUAUGCAGCUAUUCAUCAACUUUUAUGUCCAAUUGCAAUGAUAGCUUUAUUGGGAUCAUUUUCAAUGGAAAUCUAUGAUAUCAAAGUAUGGAUAAUUUUGGAAGUUUUCGGUUUGUUAUUGUUUAUCUAUUAAUUAAUAUUUGAAAUUCCUAUUAUUAUCUUGUCAAUUGAAUGUGUUGUGUGUUCAAUUAUUUGGUGUAAAUAAGUUAUUUAGGUUUUGAUUGAUUUCAUUUUGCUAAUAUAAACAAUUACAGGAGUGAGUUACUCAUAUUUGGGCAUGACAUUUUUGGCAUUUGGAAACUCUACUUGCGAUUUCUUAGUGAAUACCAAAUUAGCAUCAAUUGGAUAUGGAUUGAUGGCUAUGACAGGAUGCUUUUCGGGAACUGUCUUUAAUAUGUUAUGUGGAUUUGGAGGUGCUUUGGUUAGGUUGACUGCAAUUGAGAAAUAUCCAGGAAUAGUCUCAUUUGAUCUUUUUAGAGAUGCAAAGAGUGGCUCAUAAACAGACAUUGUAAAUAUAUUGGACAUUAAAUGUAGAUUAUAACUAGGAUGA